AUGGUCGCCCCGGCGGUCCCAGAGAUCAUCGAGGAUGAGGACAUAUAUGCCUCAAUUGACGCCCGCACGGAAGCCUUACAGAAUCUCAGGGAAUUAGGUCCCCCGGACCUCGUCCAUGUGGUGAAGCAAUCAAAGACAAGCCCAAAUAACCAAACUGGUGUUUAUCACCAUGUCACCGGCGUAGACGCCUCAUCGUCGGCCAGCUUGGCUGCUUACGUCAACACCUUAACAUACUCCCCCGUUGAUAAGAAUCAUAAGGUUGUCUCGGGAUUAUACUGUUGUUACAAUGCCUUCUCCCAUGUUGAUAUGCGAGUCGAGGUUAAAAUUCCCGGCAGCCUCGAAAGCUAUUGUAUUGAUGAGCGCGGAGAUAAACGGGUUGUGACAGAAAUUCUCUGGCUGGAAACUUUCCUAUGUGGUGUCCUGAGAGCGUACUCGUAUGCAGACGACGGCAACGGUGAUAACAUAAAAAAGAUUGUUGGCGUUAGAAGGUUUAACCCCGUCACCAAUACUGAAAUGGAACACAAAUUUCUCGACGCGGCGGAGAAGUUAUUUUUCAACGGGAGGCAGCUGAGUUCUGACGCGGAAACACAAGUCCCCAACACUGUUACGAAUCACCUGACGUCUGGCAUUCUAAAAUAUAUCCAAACGACGGGACGAUACGCUUCUGGUAUAAACCUCUUUGAAAAGCUACGCACGCGAGAUGUUGAAGUAUCGUCGCUACUAGCGCGCGUCCUUAUUUCUGCCGAUGAAGAGGUACAAGCCGUACGAUUAUUACAUGAUGCACUCCAGGACCUGCCAAUGGAUUACUCUCUCUUAGAUUGCCAAGCAGCAUUUUGCCAGAGUAAGGGUGAAAAUGAGAUGGCACUUGAAUGUGCUAAGCGUAGCGUCACUGCCGCCCCUAGCGAAUUUAGUUCCUGGGCUCGGUUAGCAGAAGUAUAUAUAAACAUGGAACAAUGGGAUUUAGCGCUUCUAACUUUAAACUCGUGUCCCAUGUUCACCUACCAGGACAAGGACUCACCACGGAUGCCCCAACCUUCUCGAGUUUUAUUACCUAUCCUCCCAGAUAGCAUUCUGGAUGAAAUUGAUGAAGGCCAGCCAAAGCAAGGAGAGCCUCAUGACGUCGUGCAUCCUACACUUAGAAAGCUGCAUGCUGCAGGCUACCAGGGCACGUUCUUGAGAGCUUACACUUUGCUCGCAAAAAUUGCGGCGGAGAUUGGCUGGGAUCAACUCCUGAAGAUCCGCAGUGAGGUCUUCGUCAUGGAAGAGGAGUAUAGAGCGGAACGCCAAGUCAAUGCCAAGUGUUCUUCUACAGCUGCCCAGAACGCCAGCACUGUGGCUUUACAUGAGAAGAGUAGUGAAGCUGGGCAAGUGAAUGGAAAUGGAGUAGAUGGUCACGAAUCAGAGGCGGCGAAUGGAAGCGAUGAAGAGAACGCAUCGACAAAGGGGGAUAAGGUUCAAAAGGGCAAGGAGAAAUCCGUGACCAUUGAACGCCCAGAACAAACAGUUGCAUCGGAAAUUGUCAAAUCCGGCGGAGAAGAUCCCGAUGCGACAUCUAAUUCAUGUUCGCAAUUCAUGAACAAGCGAUUGUGCGAGCGCUGGCUCGACAAUCUAUUCAUGGUUCUUUACGAGGACCUACGCGUGUACACCAUCUGGCGAACUGAAAUGGCACAAUCUCGCCAACAAUCAGUCGAUUAUAAGAAAUCAGCCACAGAAUGGGAGAUCCUCGGGGAGCUCGCUGAGCGACUUCAGCAUUUCAAUGAAGCCAUCGAAGCCUACCAACACUGCCUAUCCCUCAGAUUCUCGCCAAAGGCGAUGAAGGGGAUUCUGAAAAUGUAUGAGCGUCAAGGCGAAACACGGGGAAUGCUCGGUGCUCUGAUCAGACUUAUUGCCUGGCAAUAUCGGUGGUAUUCAGAGUUCUCCCCUGAACUUCUCUUCACCAUACGCAAACUGAUCGAAGAAGAAGGCGCCGUCAAAGUGCGCAGCAUUGUGCAAGCCACAAACCUUCCGCAACCCGUCUUGGACCUGACACACCACUACUGCCAACUGUGCGCUACGUUCAGAAGCAAUGGUAGUGAUGGUUAA